CCCGUUGACAAAAAACUCUUCUGUGUGUAAGAUGAACUUUGCUUCUAUGUUUUGAUGAAGUGUGUCACAGGUGGAAGUUCAACAUUUCCACUGGUGUUCAGUUUCAGAAGCAGAGAGAGAGUGAGAGAGACCGCACUGCCCAAAUACGCAUGAAUUGACAUCUUAUCAGCUACAUGAGCACGGAUAUAGCGUGUGUAACCUCUAGCUAUGGCAGCGUUUCACAGAGCAUUCAGUUUGCUGCGGCUCACAAGAACCAAGGAUAAACUGCUGUCAACGUUUUUCUCUCCCGUCUGCAAACAAUCCAAGUCCAACCAUCGACGUCUGCUGCUCUGCCGGUCCCUCUCCUCGACUUCAACUCCGACAGACUACGACAGCGCCUUUGCCAGUGCCAGAGAUGACCCUGAGAACUUCUGGGCGGCUGCUGCAGAGAAUAUUGAAUGGAUGAAGAAAUGGGAUAGAGUUCUUGAUCAAAGCCAGGACCCGUUCACAAAAUGUGCACCAACGGUCGUGGUGAGCGCCAACUGCGGGGUGGAACCGUCCCGGACUGUACCCUACAAGCCGCUCCUGGACGAGGCUCUGAGCCUCAUCGAGUUCAAACCCAAGAAGUGUGUCAUCUUUAACCACACACAGUUUGAACCAGCCCAACUACACCCAGGACAAGACCUGGACUGGCACGAUGCUGUGGCCUUGGGCACCCCGGCCGACUGUGUGCCUGUCCCUGCAACUGACCCCGUCUACAUACUCUACACCUCAGGGACCACGGGUGUGCCAAAGGCCAUCAUGCGACCCAGCGGAGGUCACGCCGUGGCUCUGGCCUGGUCCAUGUGGAACAUCUACGGCCUCAAGCCUGGACAGGUGUGGUGGGCGGCAUCUGACCUUGGCUGGGUCGUAGGUCACUCGUACAUUACGUACGCACCUCUUCUGGCUGGCUGUACUACUGUCCUGUACGAGGGCAAGCCCGUGGGGACCCCAGACCCAGGGGCGUUCUUCCGUGUCCUUCAGCAGCAUAAGGUCAACGGGAUGUUCACAGCUCCGACAGCUCUCAGGGCUAUACGCAGUGAGACUGGCAAACCUGUACUGGGAUAUAAUGUGCAAGUUCUGCGACCAGACGGUACUGAGACCGACGACAAUGAGCUGGGUCAGGUCUAUGUGAAACUCCCUCUCCCCCCGGGCAACGUGUCUACGCUCUACAAGGGAGACGAGCACUUCAAGAAGACGUACUUCUCCACCUUGGAGGGUUACUACGACACAAUGGAUGCUGGUGUGCGUAACGAGAAGGGCUACAUCGCCGUGCUGUCCCGCAGUGAUGAUGUCAUCAACGUGGCUGGACAUCGGCUCUCAUGCGGCUCCCUGGAGGAGGCUGUCCUUGAGAGCAGUGAGAUUGUGGACACAGCGGUCAUUGGUGUACCGGACAAAUUGAAGGGUCAUGUACCGCUGGGCAUCUGUGUGGUCAAACAAGAAACCUUCCCUAUCCGUUAAAAAACUCUUUGUAAGAUGAAUGAAUUUUACCCAAAAAAAUGUUAUUUGGAGUCUAAAAUAUUUUUUAAUAGUACUAGAACAACUAUAAGUAUUCAGCUUUAAAAGACACCAAACUUUGGCAUCCGGUAACCCCCGCCUUCUUAAAUAGCACAUGUCCCCACUUCCAUACGAGACAGACAAAUGUUUUUAUAACAAAGUUCAAGAGAUAUAGAGAAGGGUAAAAUAAAUAAGACAGCAGUAACUCCAUGUGACCAAAAAUUUACAAGUGCCUGAUUCUAACGCGCCACAACACAUUUGUAUUGUAUAUAUAAGCUCACCCA